CAAAAUUAAAUAGGUCAGCAUCCUAGGCCUUUUUUCUCUUUCUCUUUCUCUCUCUUCCUAAUUUUUUUAUUCACUUUUAAUUCAAUCACAAUCCCUUCUCCUAUUUUGUAUUUAUUAUUCACUUUCUUAAAUUCCACCACCCCACAACUUCUUCUCCCAUAUAAAUAUGUUUGCCCACUUCUACUCCACCACCUUUGUUUUUAUAUGGUCCUCAAAUCCAUAGCAGAACCACCAAGAACCAGAAGAAAAGAAAGAAAGAAAAAAAAAAAAAAAACACAAAAGACAGAGAAAUAAAAGAGCAAAUUUUUUAUGCCCAUCUGUGGGAUUUGAAGCGAAAAUCGAUCUGGGUUAUGUUCUGAAAGAUCUUUGAAGAAAAGGGUUUUCUUUUUGAUUCUGAAUUUUUGUUGGGACUUUUUUUGUGGGUGGUGAGUGUGUGAUUAUUUGGAGUGGUUAAAAAAAAAAGGAAUGGCUAUUCAAGCUCAGUUGUAUUCGGAGAAUCUAGGCUUUCCAUUGUGUGGUUCUCAGGAUGUGAUGAUGAUGGAUAAUGGUUGUGGUGGUGGAUUUGGUCAGUUUGCUUUCAAUGUUCAACAACAACAACAACUACAACAGAAACUGCAACAGCAACAAUUACACAUGCAAGAGAUUCAAAAUCAGCAUCAGCAUCAGCAGAGGAAUCAGAGUUUCUGGUUUUCUGAAAACAAUUACCCUGUUUCUGCUUCCAAAAACAACAACUUGUUAACCACAACAACCACCCCCACCGACAACAGCAGUACGCAUCCUUCAAUGGCUUGUCCUUCUCAUAGCUUAGUCGCUCAAGUUGAAAAGCACAGACAAGAAAUCGAUCAGUAUCUCAAAUCACAGCAGAAUGAGAGAUUGAGAUUGAUACUGCAAGAACAGAGAAAGCAACAGAUAACGACAAUGAUGAAGAAAGUAGAGUUGAAAACUCAGGCCAUUCUAAGACAGAAGGAUGAAGAAAUUGCCAGAGGGGCUUGCAGAGUAAUGCAACUUGAGGAUUUGCUGAGGAAAUUGGAGAUGGAGAAUGAGGCAUGGAAAAGAGUUGCACGAGAGAACGAAGCCAUGGUUGUUUCUCUGAACAACACGCUCGAGCAGAUGAGAGAGAGAGCUUCUUGUUGUAUGGUCAACAAAGAAGCAGAAGAUGCAGAGUCGUGCUGUGAUAUUGGGAAUGAAAACAGAGGAGGAGAAAAAGAAGAAGAAGAAGAAGAAGGUGAAACAGGGGACAGUGAUAUGGAAGGUAAAGGGUUAAAGAUGUCUAUGAUGGUUUGCAGAGGCUGUAAUUCUCGAAGUUCGUGCAUUCUGUUCCUUCCUUGCAGACAUCUUUGUUCAUGCAAAGCUUGUGAAGCUUUUCUCGAUUCUUGCCCUGUUUGUCGAAUGCCUAAGAAAGCUAGCAUUGAGGCUUUGAUUUUCUAGGCUUAAUUUUCCGAGGGAAAAAAGAGAAAAAAGAAAAAGAAAAAACAGUAAAAAGAGGAUCAGCAUGGAUCAUGAACAUAAGAUUACAUAAUGCAAUCAAAUUUUCUUUGAUUUUUUUUUUUUUGAUUUUUUGGUUUAGGGGUCUGUGAAUUUAGACUUAUUUUGUACUUUUUAGACAACCAAAAUCAAAAUGGACAGAAAUUAUAGUACAGAGCAUCUUUAUCUUU